AUGGAGAUGUUAAGUGCAGUUAUACACAGAGCUUCAAUAACCAAUGAAAAAAUUAUCUCAAUUGAGAUUUGUCCUAAACGUAAAUUAGAUGUAGACGAGCUCAACAAAUUACGUCCAACAUUUUGUUCCAUUGUAUGGCAUUAUGAUGGUAGUGAGAUUGAGCACAUCCCAGCACUUGUGUUACUGAAGAAGCUUAGUAUACACAGUAAACGCUUGCUGUUGCAUGUACCAGGGAAUUGCUUAUCUCAAACUGAUGUGGAGAAGGUGCUUCACUCCCUGAAAUCUGCCCAAGUCCCAAACGUUUUGGUACUCCAGGGAGCGUCAUCUGCAACCCAAAGCUGUAAACAUUUUGUCUAUGCUAUUGAUCUAAUCAAAUUUAUAAAACGGAUCUAUGGGAAUUACUUUACCAUAGCAGUCGCCGCUUAUCCUAAUUGUCACCCUAACUCUGCCACAGAGUGGGAUGACUUGGUUCACUUGAAAAAAAAGGUGGAUGCAGGAGUUGACUUUGUUAUUACUCAAAUGGUAUUUAAUUAUGAAGUGUUUAACAAUUUUUGCCGGAAAUCUAAGCAGUUCUUAAUUGAUACCCCAAUAAUCGCAGGUGUUUUUAUCAUAUCCUCCUAUGAAGGGUUUAUGACAAUGGCUCGCCUGUGUAAAGUAGAAGUUUCAAAUGAAAUCACCAGUGUACUUGAAGCUAAUCGAAACAACGAAGAAUCUGUGCAGAAUUUUGGUAUUUUUGUAUGUGUCUCAUUUAUACGACAGGUUCUUAGUCAUAAUAACGACCAAUUAGAAAAGUCUGCAAGAUAUUAG